UUGAAACUGCCCUCACUGUCUCGCACUAAUGCAUAUAUAUGCAUUGCUUGCAUAUACCUUGCUCUACUUUGUUCGCUUUGGCCACCAUUGCCACAAUUAUUAUUGUCAGUGGUAUUGGUUGCAUUCUUUAUUUUUAAAGUUGGAAAAGCUAUUUCUCAUGUUUUAUCAUGUGCAGACUUUGCCUCCUCGCCGUGGUACCUCAUUUCAUCAGUCCCAACAUCUCAACUGAUCUUCAAUUUUCUUCAGUGAGGCUAUGAAGCCAAAUACAACAUUUGCAUCCUUGCAAAUCAAUGACCCAGAAUUACUUUUAUUAAUAUUGCCCUGAGUCUCCCUGCAUUUUUUUUCUACUAUUGGCCUCCUCACAGUUUUCAGGCACUUUGCAUUUCAUCAUAGGCAGAUUUAAGAUGGGCAGAUAAUAUGGUUAUUGUGAAUUUUUGCAGCUUUAGAGGAACUGGAAACGUGCACUGGAAGGAAGAAAAUCUUGGACAAGGACAGAUGAUCUCAAACACAUGGAAUGGAGCUGAAGGGUCAGAUAAUAUAGCGUGAGAAUGUAAUAAUGUGCUAAUACAUGAAUGGGAUAGAAUUGGAUGGAAUGCAAUCACUGAGGGGGAAAUUAACAUAAGGCAGGGUGAAAAAAAUGCAAUAAAGCAGCAGCCACAGGUUCAAACCAAACAGGGUUCAUGCUCUACAAAAAAUCUUGAAGUUCUUGAUAUUCUAGCAAUGAGUAAAUGGUGUUAAACAAAUGUUCUGUGAAUAUAAGAUAAUUUUAAAAAAGUGAUGGAGAGAGAAUGGUGCAAACUGGAUUGCGAGGGACAGCGUCACCUGUUGAAAGCACUUGAGGAUAUGAUGGGAAUAUUCAGUAAGGAACGUACAAAAUGCAAGGAUAGAUGGAAAGAAUAUCUUCAAAUCCUACGAACUGCAUUUUAACCUAAAAUGAAUCCUCCAUUCAAAAAUGAAUCUAUAUCUAUUACAGUGUCGGUUACAUCCGGUUUCAUAUUUAUAAAGAAAAAGAAUCCAGAACCCAUAAAGGGAUAAACCAAGAAAAAUACACUUGUAGAAAGUGUUUUCAAGAAAUUACAAAAUAAAACAAAAGAUGUUUGAGAAUAACUAUAUCCUCUAACUUCCUCCAAUUAAUGUCAUGCUUUGGAUCCGCUAAUUGAUAGAACACAUUUCCAAUCAAUCCAAUAAAUCCAUUGACAUGAUUAAUUCAUCGGUUUAAAAUGUUUUCAGCGACGAUCAUUGUAAAGGGGAACAAAAUGUCGCCCACCUUAAUGAUGAAUGAUAACAGAGAAUUUCUUGUACUGCUUUUGGCAUUCUCAUUAUGCAACCAUAAUGGCACAAGACACUGGGAGUGUGCGUUUUCACGAUAGGGGUUUAUCAAUGUUAUGUUCAGUGCCUGGUUGCAGCGUAAGUGAGAACUCUCAACUUUUCCCAAUGGGUUGUGUUCAUUCCUGCUUACAAUGGUUAAGUAAGGUGAGGGUGCAGCCUUUAAAUGACAGAAUGUCUUUCAAAAGUGUGUUACUAAGAUGACUUAAUAUUUUCUUCGUAUUGUACAUACACCCACGUGGACACCAGAUUAGUGAAACAUAUACAAGUGUUAGAAUAUUUGAAUUAUGUAUUACUUUAUCCAACGCCUUUGGCAAUUAAACAGCAAGAUCAUCGCAUUAUGGUUUAACCCUCUUAUCGCUUCGUCCUUGCAGUUUUAAGGAUUUGAAUAAUAAGUCAUAGAUUUUUUUUGUAAAACAAUUUUACAAUCAAUGGAGCAAAUAAUUAGCAGUUGUGAAUUGAAAAUCGCCCAGCCCAAAUACACAUGCGUUGCUAAUUCGUAAAAUGAGUACUUUAUAAGAAUCUAAAAUUGUUAAGCGAAUUGCGAUAACCUAUUUCUACUGGAAUUGCCGAUACCACAUCCGUGUGUAGGUGCAGAUAUUAGUAUUCAUGUUGCAUUCAAGACAGUUAAUCAAACGCACACAGAGAUUAAAGACAAUUUAACGGAAACAAUGUAGAUGAUAUAUCUGCAGCACGCUGUCGUGCGAAACUCAGCUGCCGCACGCGGGAGCGCAGACUUGUAAAAGUUAUUUCAGCGAAUGGCUAUGGCAUCUCCCAACUCCUCGGUUGAGUGAGUUUCCACAAAUCGGUCACCAAUUACCCGCCCCCGCAUUUGCAUUAGGUUGAGCACAGAUCUGCAGUCACUGGCACAGAUAUAGCUGCAGUCGCAACAUAACAUCAGGCAUCAAAAAUAAAACCCGGACAUAUAGCAGUGAUCCCAAAACUAACAAAAAAAGUUGUAGAACCCCUCCCCCUUGGCGAAAAGCAAAGAGAAAGGAAAUGCUUCUGUACGGUGAGAGAGAGAUCUGCUGGGAAAACUCAGAGGCGACAUGGGAUCUGUUUCAUCUGUGAACGCCGAGAAACAUCACGGCGAAAUAUUCGCCCGGAUCCAGACUCACUCUAGAUCAUGAAGGGGCUUGUGGUGCGUUGUGCGAAUCACUUAACUAUCCGGUGUGCAGUCGAUGUGAAAGUAAAGAAAACUCCAAUAUCUCGCCCUCCCCCGGAGAACCAACAAAACACUCUGAAAGUUUUGACUGCGAAACACCUUUCAGGAAACAUGGUCCUGAGCUCUGCAUUUAUCACAGGAUAUUCUCUGAUAUAUGGAUAAUUUAUUGAACUCUCAUUAACUCUUGUUGGAUUGACAAAUUCCGUGGAUAAUCUAAGCACUUUUUAUCGCUCACGAACCGAUAUAACCAUGAAUGGAAGACCAUGCAAUAUUAACCACCGGGGAACGGGUACGCCUCAGGGGCCAGCCUUAAUCAAUGGACAACAGAUCCCGCCCAUCAGGAUUCAGACAGAAACACCAUGCCCGUCUUCAAACAGUGCAACACCGAGUCCCGCGGCCGCAAUGCUCGCAAACAACAUGCACAGGAAGCUGUCAAUGAAUGGUUGCCAGCACCCUACCGAUACACCUCAAAACACCAGCAUGCCCGAAAAUGCCAUCCAUUUACCCGCUCUAAGUCCGAGAAGGCAAGUGGUAUCAAAACAUACCUUUCAAGUACCCCAAGUACCGGGUCAUUCUGCAGCCCUUUCCUCACAACCAAAAUCCAUGGAAUUUGGAGGCAUCUUUUCGAACAGCUGUGCAAAAGGGUACCCUGGGUUUGGACCACAAUGCAGAGCAAUUGGAAAAGGCACCAGCAACAACCUAGUGGUUACAAGCAGUCCCAUGACAGUGCAGAGAACAGGGCUUCUAUCAAGCCAAGCAAUCGUUCCUGGCAACCACCUUAAUCGGGCAAUAUGUCGUCAGAUGUACCCAAGCCUAAACAUUCCUGCUACAGAUACAAGAUCGAUUAUUUCAGGUGGAUCUUUAGGCUCCACUGCACUAAGUCUUAUAGAAAACCAAUCAACUUUGAAUGUAAAACAAGAAUGGCUACAUGGUUACCCAAUCCUUCCAUCGCUUCCAUCAAACCAAGGUUCCCAGAAUGGCAGCGAACUAGGGGAUGUGCUGAGUAUACCACCAGGAACCGCCAUGUCAAGUAACAGCACAGCAAACUCCUUACCUUCUUAUCUAUUUGGAAAUGAAAAUAGCUCACGUAAUUCUGCCCAAUCUAAUUCUGCUCGAUCAAGAAAAAGAGGACUUUCCACCUCGCCCUUUUCAGAUGGAGUUGGAAUUGAUCUCAUUAUUCGUACAUCUCCGACAUCAUUGGUAGCAUACAUCAAUGGGUCCAGAGGCUCCCCGGCCAACGUUUCUCCUCAGCCUGAAGUGUGUGGGCAUUUUCUGGGAGUGAGGGGUAGCUGCAUCCCUCAAGCCUACAAUGCAACUGGUAAAGACCGAAAUCUCUUUACUCUUACUGAUCUUGAAGCCAGCAAUAGUGUGUACCAGAGAAUGCAGCAGUUGGAGCACUCUUCCUUUCACCCCAUGUUGAUGAACAACAUGGUUGUCCAACAGGGUAUUUCAGUGAUUGGUAAUCAGCAGUACGAUACAUUUAAAAAUGAGCAACUGGAUGAAUUUCCCUCGGGUAUGGAAAUACCGGCACUGCCCCAGGGCCCCCCGCCACCGUAUCAUGCUCACCGGCAUCUCAUGACCCACUCCCAUUCACAUGGGCAGCCAUCACCACAAGGGGCACAGCUGGAUGAGGAUGGUGAGCCAUCAAGAAUCAAUGGAAAGCACUGUUGCCGAUGGAUUGACUGCAGUGCAAUGUAUGACGAGCAGGAGGAGCUUGUCCGACACAUAGAAAAGGCACAUAUUGAUCAGCGCAAAGGAGAAGACUUUACUUGCUUCUGGGCUGGUUGCCCACGCAGAUACAAGCCAUUUAAUGCUCGCUAUAAACUGUUAAUCCAUAUGAGGGUGCAUUCAGGAGAAAAGCCGAACAAGUGUACGUUUGAAGGCUGUAAUAAGGCAUUUUCAAGACUUGAAAAUCUCAAGAUUCACCUACGAAGUCAUACAGGGGAAAAGCCUUACCUGUGUCAACAUCCAGGCUGCCAAAAAGCCUUUAGCAACUCAAGUGACCGUGCCAAGCAUCAGAGAACACAUCUAGACACAAAACCAUAUGCAUGUCAGAUCCCCGGCUGUACUAAACGGUAUACUGACCCAAGCUCCCUCAGAAAGCACGUGAAGGCACAUUCUACAAAAGAGCAGCAGGCGAGAAAGAAGUUACGAUCCAGUAACGAGCCGGAUCAGGAUAUGCUCAAUGACUGCCUCACUAUUCAACCACUGCAGCCUGCUACAUCACCACAAGAUGUUGUGGACAACACCCUGGGUCGAUCACCAGGGCCCCCUCAUGACAUGUAUUCAGGCAUGUUUUCCAGCACACAUUCUAGCCGGUGUGGAACAGCAGCAGCCAUCAUUUCUUCUUCUCAUCCUCCAAACCAUACGUCUCCUGUACACAAUAUGCAAGGAAGCCCCCACAACCCGCAGACACAGCUAUCCUCACUCCCAGUGGUAGAAGAGAGCAAUGAGAGGUUUGCAGCCUCAGCUCCUUCUCCUCAUCACAUCAGUCCCAGGAGAGUUGCAGCACCUCCACCCUUGAUGCACAGAAGAACGCCACAGCCACCACAAAUACAGCAAUAUUCAGGAUCCCACCUCAAACCUUACCCGCCAGCACAACCCAGCAGCAUCCAUGUCCAAGGUUAUUAUGGCCAGUUGCAGACUUUCUACCCACCCCAAUAUAGCGAAACCUCUAGAAAUAUGCGCCAAGUCAGUCCUCACAACAUGGUGCCUCCAUUUGAAGACUGUCUCUUUCCUACAACUGGGGGGCAAGCUGGAUUUGAUGCCUUCCACAGAGCCUUGUCUGCGCAUCCUAGUUUUCCAGUUUAUGACUUUCAAGCAACUUCCCCUGGGAUUUUCAGUGACUCGGUACGGAAUUGUCCUGAAGACAGUGGUUUCCUCCAAAUUAAUGCAAUUGAUCGUUGCCCUAGUCAGCUGUCUUCCAUUUACACAGAGGGAUGAAAACAAGGGCAAAGAAGGACUACAAGGAGACAAUUCCUCUUUUUUUUCUUUCAUCUUAAACAAAUUCUUAAACUCUUUGAUACUCAAUGAGGGUAUUCUGGUGAAUUCAGACUACAGUCUACACCCCUUAUCUCUCACAGAGAGAAAGCACACUAUUCUUGUAAAUCAGCAGCUGAGUGGAAGAAGGUGAAACGCAUUUGCAAUGGAAGUACUUCAUAGAAGUGAAGUAGCCAAGGAAUCAAACCAAGGCCAAUUCACCUAUUGCCAAAUUACAAACUACCUGAGAAAGAACAGAGAAUUCACAAUUUAUAUGAAAGGUUGUAUGUUUUAUAUGGCGUGUUCUUGCUUUUUAAUUAAUCUGCUUUGUUACUUUCCUCAAACAUAAAAUACAGAAAAAAAUUGUGCUUUCACCAAUAUGGCGAACAGAUAUUGUGCUGUAGUGGUUCCACACUAAGGACAAUGCACAUGGCAGUGUCAAAUGAACAACUCAGUCACCCAUUUGUUUUAACUUUGGGACUUGGUACAUGGGUGAAAGUUCCAACUAACAGUGAUGCAAACAAAAUCUUAAUUUUGCAACAAAACAUUGCAGUGUUAUAUUGAAUCAUGUAAGAUUGCUUGUGAAGAGAAGCUUCCAGAACAGAUUUAUUUUGUGGUUUUGACAGGUUGUUUGAAUUUUGUUUUACCCUAUCUCCUAUUUACAUACAUAUUUCACACGUGCCAUAGUUUUAUAACUCAUGCAUGAUGUGUCCCAUAUUUACAUUUUUUAAUAUUAUGAUGUUUUUAUUCAAAAUGAAGGAGAAAUAGAUUGUGAAAGAGUGAUAAACCCUUUCAUAAAGUGAAUCUUGGUCAUUUCCUUGUAGAUUUUAAGUUAGAGAGAAUGUUACGUUUCACAACCUAAAUUAAUUGAGAAGCCCAACAGAUUGAAUUUGAAAUCCAUAGUUUGCUGAAGCCAACACCUAGAAUUAAAAUAUUGAGCACUUUUUGGCAUUUGGUGAAGCUGCUGUUUCAAAAUGUUGUACUGCAAAUUUAAAGAUGUGACUUUUAUAAAUGCAAUCCGCGAAUUGCACAAGUUUUUAAAAUAGAGGACACAGCGGUGGCUCGAAGGGCCGAAUGGCUUCCUCCUGCACCUAUUUUCUAUGGUUUCCAGAAGAAAUAAACCAAUGUUAUCACAACCACUGUACGGAACGAUAUCUCAAAGUUAAGAAUAAAAUUCACUUCCUAAUUUUUCUUACACACAAUAUUCUGACCGUUAUCACUAAUGAGCAGUUUUAUAACUUUAAGAAUUAUUUUUUAUGCAGUAAUUUAUUUGUAUUGUUUUUUAUAAAGAUAUGUUGUAACUUACCCUUGUCUUGGUCCACUUGAACUUCACAUCCCUUCUGUCAGGGCAUUCGUCCUAGUAUAUUUUAGUAUAGCCCAGAUCAGGGACUAAACAAACCAGAAUAUAAUUUCCCUAAUCCCCAGAACAAUUGUGUCGCUUAAAAUCAUUUGGUUUUUGAAGACAAGGUAUAACACAUAAUUGCCUCUUUUAAAAUAGUUUGAUAAGACCUCAAAACAACAGAAUCCAAUACUAACCUCAUGUUUCACAUGCUUCUGCAAUUUGCAUGUUUUUAAAUGCAAGCCUGGUGUUAUUUAACCUCCUAAAUCUGUUUUAUCUACUACUCCACUGUUUUCUUCCUUCUUCUGAUCCUUCAGUAAGCAUCUUUAUUUUUCACCCAAGUUUUGUAAAAUCAAUAGCCUCUUACUCCAUCUGUGACAGAGGAAUUAUAGAAUAGCAUGAAAAAUGAGAUAUGUAUGUCCAAAAUUAUAACAGGUCUACCCCUGUUUCUAUAAUGCAUCCUCCUCACGUGAGAUCUCCAUUCCUUUACAAUAUAUGCCCCUAGCAUUAUUCAGAUCGGUUCAGAUUCUGCUUUGAACUUCCUUCUAGUCCUCUUUCCUAUUGUUUUAUAAAGUUCACAAUAAAAGAUUCUUGAGCCAUGUUUCCUCUAACUGGUAUUGGAUUAUUCUCAAAAACAUAACAACGGAUCUUUUCCCCAUCCAGUAAUAAUGUAACAAAAUAAAAUUAUCCAUGUUAAAACGUUUAAAGCAAUCUGUACAUAUGUUGGAGCUUUCUGCAUAAUAUAGUUCUGGAAGCACUUUUGAAUAGAAAAUGAUGUAUUAUGGUUUUUGCAUGGUUUUAUAGAGCUUGUAUAUAUUUCAUAUAUCUUCACAUGUAGAUUUUUAAUUGCAAAUUUGAUUGUAUAUUUGGUUGAUUGUGUUGCCCAAUACUACAUAUACAACAUAUUGGAAAUUAUGUUGCUAUAGCUUGAAUUUUCAGCAGAAUAGGUUAAUCACUACUUCUUCAUUAACAUAUAAUGUAGUCUUGUGGUUUAUUAUAACUUUGAUAAAUUAUUUUUUCUCAUUCAUAUUAUUCGUUUGCUUUAAAUGGUUUACUAUUUUGGGCACAAAAUAAUUCUCAGAAUAAUUUCUCUGAAAAUGGUACAAGAUUGAAACUGGAUCUCUGUCAGCACUUAAACAAAUGAAGGAUGUAUUGAAAAAUAAAGUAGAUUUUUUCACUUGUUUUACUAUUAUUACCGAGGACUUGUGCUACUUUCUUUAUAUAAUCAAAAACAGAAAUAUCCUUUAAGGUCUUUGCUAAUGAGGCUUUUGUUUUAUUCUUGGCAAAGACUAGGAUUGGAUUUGAUUUGAAAUGUAGAUUCUAUUGCUGUGAAAUAACUGUCAUAAAACUUCGGCACCUGGAAUGGAUCUUUUUUUUUGCAAUUUUUAUCCUAUGGGAAUUGCUCGAAAUAAAACUUUUGAAAUGGC